AUGUCAUAAUUUAACUCUUCACUUCUUAAAUUAGUGUACACUUAAAUUUAAGGUAUAGAGAAUAUUUAAGUGUAGAUCUUGAUUAACAUAUUUAAAAAUAAGAGAGAAUAAUUAGUGAUUAAGCAAUUGAGAUAAAGACUUUGACAAAUAGAAUCAAUUAAAAGGAUAUUUUGAAUUAACCAAUAUUUGAUAAUCCAAUCGAUUAAUUAUUAGCAUAUCCUAAAUCCCUAAAUAGCAUAGGUUUAUAGAUUUAAGAAGAAUUUUAGAAGUUAAAAUAAUAAUUAUAGGAAAAGGAAUAAGAAUUAAGUCAACUUAAAUCAGGAACAGAAAGUCAGAGAGGAUCCCAUAAGCCCAAUACUUCAUAAGUUGAUGAAAUUAUAAAAUAACAUGAGGAGAUUGAUGAGAUUUUGAUAGAACUAGAGAAAAAGUUAUUUGAUAAAAAAAAAUAGAAAUAAGAAUUAGAAUAGAUUAUGGAUUCUUAUGAGGAAGAUGAAAAAUUUUUAAAAUAAAUAAAAUCAUAGAUGUCUGUAUUGAAUGAGUAAUUAGUAGUUGAAAAAGCUUAUAAUUAAGAAGUAAGAGUUUAAUUAAAGAAAUUAUAAUAAGAGACAUAAAGUUUGAAUGAUUAAUUGGAAAAGAAAUUAGCAGAAAAAUAAGAAUUUGAAGAUUAAGUGAUUAAAACAAAAAGUUAAUUAGAAUAUUUAAAAUCUUAAAAUAUUAUGUUAGGAAUAGAAACUUCUUCAAAAAGUGAGACUUAAAAAUUAAUGGCAAUAGAUGACUUAGUAAAAUAGAAUUAAGCUGUAGAUGAUUUAAUGCAUGAAUUAUAAAUAAAAUUACUUGAGAAAUAAUAAGCUCACAAUCUAAUGUAAGAUUAAAUAAAUAAGAAGGAUCUGUAAGAAAAGGAAGAAAACUCUUCUACAUCACUUAAUCCUGUUUCUUAGUUUCAAAAAAAAGAAUUAAUAUAAUAAUUAGAAUUAGAAUAACAUUUAUGUGAUAUAGUAUAAUAAUAAUUGAAAUUAAAAUAAAUUGAGAUUUAAGAUUUAAAGGUUAAAUUAAGCAAGGAGGAAUAGGAAGUAUUAAAAUUAUAAAACUAACUACAAGAGGAAAUAGAAGUCAAAGUUUCAGUUGAAUAACAAAUUAAAAAUGUUUAAUCAAAAUAAAUAUUAAUUUAACCAACAGUAACUUCUUAUAUUCAGGAAUUACCUAUAAUUAAUGUUUUUGGUCCAUAAAUAGAAUCUAUUUCUCAAGAUAAUUAGUUUUAGAUUGAUUAAUUGUAAGAGAUAAUAAAAUAAUAAGAAUCAUAGAUUGAAUUUUUGAAAUUUGAAAUUCAAUAGAAGGAUGAAAUAAUGAAUAUGUCUCAACAUAUUUAAUUAUAAGAUUUGAAUCAAUAGAAUUAAGACGUUGAGAAUAGGAUAUAAGAAUUAAAGAAAUAAUUGAGUUAUAAAAUAAAAAGAAGAGAUUAAUUGGAAUCUAUAGUGAUUGAGGAUUAGAAACCUAAGAGGAAAUCUUUUGUUUAAAAUACAGAAUUAAUGGAUAUGUAAGAAUAAUUACAUGAAAAGAAUAUGAAUAUUGUGUAAUUAUAUGAAUAAAUAUCAAAAUUGUAAAAAUAAUUAUACGAAAAGGAAUAAGAAUAAUAAUUAAGAGAUGUUGAAUUAAGAUAUUAAGCAUUAAUGAAAACAAAUGAGGAUUAAUGUGAGAAAGCAGAUGAAUUGGUUAAAAAGAAUUUAGCAAUGGAUGAGUUGAUAUAAUCAUUAGAAGUAAGGUUGGUAGAAAAAGAAUCUAAAUUAAAGGAAUUAGAAUAUUUGAAUUCAUCUAAAAAUUUUGAAAUUGAAUCUAAUUAAAAUAAUAAUUCAUUUUAUAAAGAUAGAGAAAGUAUUAUUAGAGAUAGUGUAAUUAAUUCAUAUGAUUAAGAACAGGAUCAUUAAUUUGUUUAAUAAUAAUAAAUUUUAUCUGGUUUCAAUAAUAAUUUGGAUUAAUUAAAAAGUAAAAUAGAAUGUUAGAAAUAUGAAUUAUAAGAAAAGGAUAAGAUUAUUGAUUAACUUAAACAAUAAUUAAAUGAUUUAAAAAGAAGUCAUUUCAAUUAAUAGAUUUUGGCAACCUAGGAUGUGUCUCUUAUUAAUAGAUAAAUUAAUGUAUUAUAGGAAUAGGCAGAUAAUUUAGUUAAAUAGAAUUUAGCUUUAGAAGAAGUUGUUCAUGAAUUAGAGUUUAAAAUGUAAGAGAAGAAGAACAAAUAAGAAGAAGUCUAAAAACUUAUUUAGAAUAUGAUAGAUGAAGAAGUUCAAUUGAGAUAAAUGAAAUCUGAUGAGAUGGUUAAAAAGAAUCUUGAAUUAGAUGAGAAAAUCUACUAAAUGGAAUCAAGAUUGAUUCAAAAAUAAUAAUAAUAAUAUGAAUUAGAAUAACGAUUAUCAUAACAUUAAAGGUCUAUGCCUUAGCCUUUGUAAGUGUUUCAUGAAGAUCAUGAUAUAAAAUAAGAUCAAAAUUCUAAUUUAUCUGAAUUGACCAUUUAAAUUGCUUAAAUAACAGAGUCUGUCAGAUAAUUAAGUUAAGAUGAUAUUGAAUUGGAAUUCUUAUUAAAAUAAAAAAAAGAAAAGCAAUCAUAAAUAGAAUAAUUAAAAUUAUUUAUCUAAUCUUCAACUGAUAUAUUAUAAGAUUUGCAAAUUGAAUAAUAAAUCAAAUAUCAAUAAGUUGAAAAAAUUAAAUCUCAAAAUAAAGAUAUUGAAUAAAUGGUUAAUGAUUUAUAGAACUAACAAACUAAUUUAAUUGAAGAUGUAAGUAAAUCCUAUUAAAAUGUUCCUAAUUGGUUGAGUUAGAAUAUGGAAUCAUCAAAAAGUUUAAAUGAACUCUAAAAAAGCUAACAAAAAGUGAAAGGAUAAAUUAAAAAUUUAGAAUCAUUAAUUUUAGAUUUAUAAAUGGUUGUUAAGGAGAAACAAUAAGAAUUAUAGAGAGUAUCAUAGGAGAAUUAUUAAUUAUCAAUUCUGACAAGAAAAUAGAAAUAGAAGAGAGAUCAUUUGUUAAGAGAAUAAAUGCCAUUGGGAGAAAAGGUAGGUUUACUUGAAUAAUAAGUUAAUGAUUUAAUAGCAGAUAUUAAAAGAUUAGAAACUUAAUUAGGUAGGUUGUUUUAAGAGGCUGAAUCUGCUAAAUAAGUAAAGUAAACAAAGGAAUAAUAAAUAUCAGCUUUGAGUAUUGAGAGUUAGUAAUUAGAUUAAAAUAUUAUAUCAUUAAAAGAUGAUAUUGAAUAAGCAAAGAAAUUAGAAUAGGAACUGUUGGAUUAAUAGAAUUAGUAUAAACAAAAGAAUGCUUUGAUAGAAUAAGAAAUUAAAAUCUACACAGAAAUGAAUAUGGAUAGUGCAUAUAUUAAUAGAAGAAUUGAAGAUAUAACUAAUUAAAUUUAAGAGGAAAAGUAAUUACUUGAACAAUUGAUUGAAGAAUUACAAAUUCAAAAGGAGUAGGUCUUAUUGAUUGAACCUUAGAAGGAAGAAAUACAAAGGUUAUAUUUAUAAACCAAGUAAUCAUACGACUAAAGUGUAGAGGACUUAUCUGAAUUAUAAAAAUUAUAAUAAAAGGUGCAAGAUUAAAACAAUCAAGUGAUUUAAGAAGUCAAUUAUCUUAAAUUAUAUACAGAAAAUCAAGAAAAAUAAUUAAUUGAAUUGUAGACUCUAAGGGUUAGGCUAGAAGAUAGUAUUAAGUAAGAAAAUACAUUAACAAAUGCCAUAUAGGAUAAAGCUGAUAGGAUUUAAUAAGAAUUAGAUCGCAAUAAAUAAGCAAUAUAGGCAUAAAUAUAGAUUUUAGAGAUAUAGAGCAGAGAAAAAGAGUAAAGAUAAGAUUAAAUAAAGAAAAUUUAAAUAGAGAUUGAAGAUCAGAAGAAUAAUUUAAAUAAAUUGACAGAUUAAUAAAUGAAACAUCUAUAUUAAUUAGAUUAGAUUGCAAAAUUAGAUAAGGAUAUGGAAAGAUUGAUGAAGGAAGUAUAUGAGAAGGAAGAGUAAGUUUAAUAAUAUGCAGGAUUAGUAUAUUAAAAAUAAUAAAAGAUAACUGAUUAAAAGUAGAAAUUCAAUUAAUUGGAAGAUGAAUUUAAAUUUUAUGAAAUUGAAGAGGAAGAAAUAAAAAAGAGGAUAUCUGAAUAAGAUGAUAAAUUGAGUAAAUUGGAAAGAGAAUUUUAAAUAAGAUCUGAAUAGAGAAAUAAAUUUGAGGAUGAUUUAGUAAAAGCUGAAAUGGAUAUAAGUAAUUUAGAGGAGAUUUUAAAAAAUAAGGAUGAAGAAUUAAGAAGUUAUAAGGAAUCAAAAGAAGAAUUGAUGAAAGUUAAAGAAUAGUAUUGUAAUAUUUAAGGAGAGAUAAGAGAAAAGUAAGAGUAGAUUUAAGAGUUUGAGAAAUAAAGAUCUAGAUUAUCAGAGGAAAUUAAGAAGGAAUAAGAUCAAUUAACAGAAAUAAAUGAAGAUAUAUAUAAUAUUAAGAUAAAGGAGGAGGAGAUGAAUUUUUAAAUAAAAUAGAAAUUAACAGAUUUAGAUUCAUUAAAUGAAUAAUUUAGAAAAUUGGAUGAUGAUACAAAAAUGUUGGAGGCUGUGAUUUAAUUAAAAGAGAAAGAAUUGAAAUAAUAUUAAGAGAAGAAAGAAACACUUAAAAAGGAUUUAGAAACAACAAAUUUAUAAGUAGUGGAAGUGAAGAAAUUAUUGAAUAAAAAGAAGUAAUAAAGGUCAAUAAUAGUAGAUCCUAAUGAAGUAGAAUUAGAUGAGGAUGCAUUAACAUAAUAAAUAAGUUGUUUAAAUUCAAAAAACCUUAAUUUAAAGGAUGAUUUAUAGAAAUUAGUUUAAUCUCAAAGUUAGCCAAUAUUCUAAAUUAUAUAAUAAAAUGAAGGAACAAAAACUCAAUUAGAAGAAUUAUAAUUAACUAUAAAGGAAAAAGAUAAGAAAUUAGAUUUAUUAGAGUAAUAAUUAUCACAAUUAUCUAUGCAUCAAUCAAAAAUGACUAUUUAACCUAGUUUUUAUUUUGACGAUGAUCCAUUAUUGUUAGAAUUAUUAGAUAAGUUUACUAAAGAAAGUGAAAUGUUGAAUGAUUUAUAAUAGAAAUUAAAGAGAACAGCUGAGAGACAUCAUGAAUUAGCAGUAAAAUUAUAGGAAUGGGCAGAAAAAGAACAUAAAUUGGCUAUAGAAUUAGAUUAAAGAAGAUAAUGUGUUGAAAAAAUAGAAAAAGAAUUAGAAGUAUUAUUUUAAAAGUAAUCUGAUUUAGAAAAUGAUAAAGUUAAUAUUUUACAAAAGAUGUAUUAAUUAGAUUAAGAUAAUUAAGAAUUAAGUGAAUAAGAAAUAGUUUCUAGAAAUAGAAUUAAAGAAAAGAAGGAUUAUGUUUAAGUUCUAUUUAAGAAUUUAAUAGAAAUGGAUGAGAAAAUGUUAUAAUUGAGAAAUAGGAUGGCUGUUUAUUUAAGGGAAGGUAGAUAAUUGGCAGAAUAAGUAGAGAAUUUGGAGAAUGAGAAAGAAAUGAAAUAAGAAAGUUUACAAUAAAUUUAAGAAGAAUUAGAGAGUUUAGAAUUAGAAAAAGGAGAAAAAUAAAAUAUGAUUUAAUAAAUAAAGAAGGAGAUUUAUGAAUAAAAUAUAGAUAAAGAUAAAUUGGAAAUAUCAUAUGCUUUAACACAUAGUAAGAAUUAAUAAUUAAAAUUAUUGAUUGGAAUUGAGGAAUCAUUAUAUAAGAAAUUGUAAACUGAAUUUGAAAUUUAAUAAAAAAGAGAUUAAAGUAAAUAUGAAAAUAUGUUUGUUUGCAUUAGUACAUAAACUUAUUAUGAAAUUGAUUAAAUUGAAGUAUUGAUGGAUAAUUUGGUUGAAUAAAGAAUAACAAAAAAAGAGUUAUUUAAAUUAAAAUCAGAAUGUUAUACUGAAAUAUAACAAUUAUUUACUUAAAAUAAAUCUUAUAUUUAGGAUAAUGUAAAUGUGAGAAAUCUAAUUUAAUUUUAAUAAAUUCUAAUCUAAGUUUUGGAGAGUGAAAAUCUAUUAAUAUCUGAUAAAAUACAAUCAAAUAAGUCUUUAAAAAUACAAUCUGAAGAACAAAAUACAUUUACAUUAGAAUUAGUAUAUAUAUAUUAAAUUUUAUAUAGAUUGAUUUAAUGAUGAAUUCUACAACAUUAAUUGAAAUUUAAAUAAAUGAACAUAGUUUAAAUAUAGGAGAUAAGAAAAUACCUAGAUAAUGGAUAAUUGAUAAAAAUUUUGAUUAUAAUCAUUAGAUUUAUCCCUUUGGAAUAUUAUAUAUUGUUUAUAAGGUAAUAAUUCAUUAAUAUAUAGAUAUCACUAUGUUAAGUGAUAACUUUAGCAUUAACUGGUACUAAAAUAAUCUAAUUAUAUUCUUAAAUUUGA